UGGGGUGCACUGUGCUCCGUUGUGACUGUGAACGUGGUUGUGGAUUUUGAGGUUAGCGCGGGACAUGCAUUAUGGGAUGAUGGUGUACUUGUUACAAUUAACCUCAAUUGCUAGUGAGUGUUGAUCGUUGAUCUCGGAAGGGAAUCAAUCAGGUUCCAGUUGCUGCGUCCACGUUCCACGGAAUCACCUCUGGAAUGCAGUUUGUGGUGAUAGUUGGCAUCUGGUUGUGUGGACCGUGGUCGCGUACGGCGACCGGUGAGCCGUCCUCGGUGACGACAGUGGCACCCCUGGCGGACGCAGCCGCAACAGCAGCGAGCGGCUGCCGACAGUCGCAGUUCGCAUGCGCCAACGGUCGCUGUGUGCCCGCCAACAAGUUCUGUGACGCCUUCAACGAUUGUGGCGACUCUAGCGAUGAGCCGCGAUUCUGCACCCCUUGCAAUCGGACUUACUAUGGUGAAAUUGGGAGGACUUAUGAGUUGGAACUCCACCGGCCUCGGGAGGAUAGUUUGCCCUACAUUUGUCAUCUCACUCUAGCCGCUGGGGGUGGCGAAUAUGGAGAUAUUGUUCAGGUGACGCUGGAGAGCUUCACUCUGGGCCGCUUCGUGUCGUUCGUGUCGGCCGGCUGCCCGGACGGCGAGCUGGAGGCGUGGGAGUGGCAGAGGCCGAGGGUAGGCGGCGCCUGGUGUGGCGCCUCGUGGGGUGCGCCUGCCGUCUACUACAGCGAAACGCGUGCCGUCACCCUCGCCAUGCGCCUACUCCGCCUCUCCAAGGACAACACCGGAUACAACUUCGACUUCAAGAUGAGCUACAAGAUGCUGCCGAGGCGCGACGCCGUCGUGCGCUACGGCGGACAGUGGAUUGAUGUUCCAGACAGUCCUGUUCACAGCAGUCGGGAGCCAGUGAUGAGUUUGAACGUGAGCAGCAGCAGUGCAGCGGAAGAGUUCUCGGAUCGCAACAGCGGAGUGCAGAAACACGUGGAAGAGCUGCAGCAGCCGCAGGAGCAUCAAGAGCAGCACGAACACUACCUGGGCGAACUGAUCGCCAACACUUAUUGCUCAAGGAUCUUCAGCGACUGUGAUCGCAAAGACUGUCGCCUCGAGAGUCCCAACUUCCCCGGCAUCUAUCCUCGCAAUCUCACCUGUUAUUAUGCUGUUAGGCAACAUCUAAUUCCUCCCGGUAAGCAUGCUCUCAUCGUAGUUCGUCAGGUUAAAGGUCAGAUGAUCAACAUACGCAGUCAGGAUGCAAUCUACACAAGAACUCAACAGCAGCAACCAAAUCAAGCCCGGCAGCUCAAGGUAUGGUCAGAAUGCGACGAGGUGCAAGACUACGUGACCGUGUACGACGGGUACACGACACGUGACCCGGUGCUGCUGAAGUUCUGCGGGGGCGGCGCAUCCGUGCCGGAGGCGGUGUCCAGUGGUCCCGAGCUGCUAGUCGAGUUCUCCACCUCCCCCUACGGCACCUUCCUCUAUCCCACGCCGCCCCUGCCUCUCCACGGCUUCCAGCUACAAGUGCAGGUGAGGUUCGUGGACCAAGAUUCGCCGAAAUAUGCACGCAACAAGCGGUGUGAGUUCUGGCUGCGAGGAGCCGGUAAGGGAACCCUCGAGAGUCCGCGUCACUCCCUCUCCGCCAACACCACCUGUCUCUAUCACCUCCAGGGUGCUGAACCAGGAACGACACCGCCACCCCGCCAUCUUGAAAUGCUGCGACGGCGACCGAACUUGAAUUUGCCGCCUUCGCGCUACCGCGUGUGGCUGGCCGUGCUCAAGUACCACGUGGGCGCCACCAGCGAGGAGCAGCCCUGUGCCACCCGCCUCCAGAUCUGGGACGGCAACGUCAAGGCUGCACCCGCUUGCAAUGACAUUUUCUGUGAUAAAGAGAACUCGCACGGCUCGUUGAUCUACAACGGAGGCGGCAAACCGAACCUGACUCUGCUGGCUCGCUACUGCAAGGAUCACGUGCCUCGCAGCUGCGAUCACUCGCUGCUCGCCAAUGCAACUCGCUCCCCUCGCCCAUGCUCACUCGCCGAGAGCUUCCUGUCCACCGGCGACUCGCUCACACUGGAGCUCAAGAUAACCGAGUCCACUACGCUCAGGCCGGUAUCGUUUCGUGCGCUGUACGAGUUUGUGGACCUCCACCAGGACGGAGAGCCGUACGGCACGGGGCCGUGUUCGCGGCGAUUUGUCAGUCGGUCACAGCCGCAGACAGCUCAAGGACAAUCGUCCACCCCUCUCACCUUCGGCUCGCCAAGGGAUGUCUUCCUCUACGGCAGGGGAGGAGCUACAAAUCUCAGCUGCACGUACUGGUUCCUGGCGCAGAAAGGCGAACGCGUGCGUAUCACGCUGAAGCGACUGAACACAGGCAACCGCAGCGACUGCGUGACGCGCGUCAACGCUCAUUCGGAGCGCAUGCAGUGUGCGGGCAACGCGACAGCCACGCUACAGUUCUGGGAGGCGCCGUGGAGCUCACUUCCCUCGCUGCCGCGCGACUGCCUCUGUUCCUCGGCCGAGUCCCUCCUGCCCUACACGUUCGUCUCUACCUCGCACGUGGUCGAGGUCAAGUUCAACGUGCUACACAUGACGUCAUCGGACGACUUCCGCAACAUCAACUUCGAGGCCAGCUGGGAGUUUGUGCGCAAGGCCGUCUGCACCAAGAAGCAGAAGGUGCGGGGCAUCAGCGGCGAGAUUCAGUUUGUGUCGCCGGCCAGGACGCCUGAUGAGGUGAACUGUCUUGGUCAUCCGUGGGUUAUCAUUCCCUCCGAAUCCAGAUUCCUCUACGUGAAAUUAAGAGGGAAACUGAUUCAUGGUUCAGGCGUGAUUGAGCCGAAUAACACUCAAGUCACGUCAGCUCGUUGCUCAACUAGGAACAGGGUUAUUAUACAUUCUGGAAAUGGAGUCCACGUUCUAAUAUGUCCAAUGCCUGACGAGGAUGAGAGACAUCAUUUGGUGGAAGUGUUUUCCGAAGGCUGGGUGAUUGGAGGCACAGACCGAGUGUUCCCAGUCUGGUCUAAAGAGGGAAGCGAAUCCAGAAGUAUUAUGGUUGAAUUCAUUCCUCGAGAAACGGGAACGUAUUCUGUCACAUGGCUGGAGCUUAUGAGAAGGCCAGUAGUACCGUCAGUGUUGCAGCAAGGGCUGGCGCUGUCGGACUGUGUCCACCGGUGUCCCGAAUUGGACGCCUGCAUCAACUCAACUCUGUGGUGUGACGGCACACAGCACUGUCCGUCGGGCUACGACGAAGCCAUCCGCCAUUGCUUCUUCCUGCUGCAGCUACCUCCGUCUCACCUGGCUGCCGCCUCUGUGGUCUUCCUGCUGCUCAGCUGUGUCUCGUUCAUAGUGGUGCGCAGAGCCUACCGCGCACGUCGAUCGGGGUCAAGGCUAAAGUCGCUGCCCUCUGACACUGAGGCGAUCGUCGGCACCCCCAAGGAGGUGAUCUGCUGACCCGGCGACAAUUCUGUGCGCUACGUAGAGGUCGACCGUGUCACCACUGUGUGACCUCUGCUUUAUCUAGAGCGGAUAUUUCUCAACAUGGCCUAAGAUUUGUCUAUCUAUCAGUCUAGAUUUAUAGAUACCUAGAUACUCUCAUAGAGAAAAUGUGGCAUAAGGCAUUAUGCUAUCUUUAUGCUAAUUCGUUGUAGCUAUUGAUUGAAUUCUUAUGCUAUCUUUUCUCUAUGAUACUACUGUACU